AUGAAGAUCUUUGACCCUACUUUUUCGUCCACGUCGUCGUCCGCAGCAGCCUUGGCGCUCAGCCUGGCGACGGCCUUGCUUGCUGCUGCUCCCACAGUCAACGCAGAGCCAGGAUCGCAUGUUUUCCAUCGUCCAUCGCAUCUGCAACGACGUCAAGCAGCAACAAACUCUGCCACCAGCAGCGGAAGCAGUGCCGAUCAGAAGUCCAUCUACGAGCAAGCCUUCACCGACCCCGUCGCUGCUGCCAAGGCUGCCAACGCCUUGCCCUUCAUCGCCGGUCAAUACGCCACGGGAAACUUGUACCGAUACAACCUCGCCGCGGACAACGGCCAGCUGCCUUGGAAUACCAAUGUUCCCUUCAUCCCCGAAGCAGCUGUGGACGGAAGCAUGGAUGGGGGGUGGAAGGAGCUCCCCGACAUUCAAGGUAUGACGCUCAACCGCACCUUUGCGGUACAACCAGGCGUCGUGAUGCCCUUCUACCAGACCACAGGCUACGACGGCACCAAGAUCAAGCGUGCGGUCAUGAUCAUGCCGGGCAAACCGAGAGACUGCUGGAAGUACACCUCGCUCGUCCAGAACGCGCUCAAUGUGUACAUUACCAACCCGCAGAGUUCGAGCGGCAGAGCCGACGGCUCGCCCAACAGCGAUGACACGGCCAGAACAGCCCAGGACGAGGUGCUCCUCCUGGGCCCAUGCUGGAUGAACGAAGACGAUCACACGGCCGGUGCAAUCCAAAGCGGCGAACUGUACUGGCAUUCGUCACAAUGGCAGUCCGGCAUGGCUUCGCGCGGUCCCGGUGAUACGCAGCUGUCAUCGUACCAAGUCAUGGAUUCGUUCAUGGAUACCCUGUUUGACAAGACGCAAUUCCCGGCGCUCGAGGCGGUCGUGGUUGCAGGCCACUCGAUGGGCGCGCAGAUGGUGCAGCGCUAUUCGGUGGUCAAGCAGCCCGCCGCGUACGAUGGCAACAUUACCUUUUGGAUCGGCAACCCGGGUUCGUAUGCCUGGUUGGACUCGUCGCGUCCGAACCACAACAACGCCAGCUGCGCCACCACCUUUGACGAAUGGGCGUACGGGCUGGACGGCUCGGGCGUGCCCCCCUACGCGCGCAGCCGCGUCAGGAACAACAAGCAGCAGGUUGUCUCGACAUUCCAGUCGCGCAACGUCCACCUGAACUACGGUUUGCUGGACAACGGUCAAGGCGACACGGCAUGUGCUGCUUCGUACCAGGGCGCCAACCACCUGGAGCGAGGAUGCCACUUUGUCGAGUCGGUCGCCAACCUGUCUGGUGGCAGCCUGCCAAAGACACAGACGGCCAAUUUCAUGCCCAACGUAUCGCACCAGGACUACUCGAUGCUGAGCUACAACAUUUCGCUUUAUAGAUUGUUUGAGGAGGUUCCUGCCGGUGCGAGCUCCAAUGGCACGGCAACAGCAGCGAACGGGAAAGGAGGAGCAAAGGGAGGAGCGAGCACAGCUUCCAAGGGCAACGGGUCAGGCAAGAGCUCGGCAGCGUCGAUGUACAAGGCGGGGAUCGCGGCAGCUGGUGUCGGUACCGUCUUGUCGUUCGGAGUGAGUUUGUUCUAG